AUGACUCACUCCUCUUGUAGAAUCAAUUCACCUAGUCCAUAUUCAAGAUUGGAUAGCUAUGAUCAAAAACAAGAAUUAGAAAAUAAUUUUUGCAAGGAUUUUAGUUGCUGUGGACUACGGCUAAAGAACUUGCAUAUACUAUUGGAACACUAUGAAGAAUUCCACUCUUCUCAAAAGACAACUGAAGAAGAAGACAAGAGUUCUUUAUUGAUUCGUAGAACUGUUACACAAGAAACACAAACAAUUGAUUUAACUCAUCGUUGUCCACUUUUAAAAUAUCCUUUCACUAAAGAAGAAUUACCUGAUACUAAAUCAACGCCCAAUAGUAGUAGUAAUGAGGAUCAAACAGACAGACCUUAUCGUUGUCAAGUCAGUGACUGUGACAAGGCAUACAAGAAUGCAAAUGGACUGAAAUAUCAUCGACUACAUGGUCAUUGUACACCCAAUGAUGGUACAGAUUUAUUAGACAGCAAUAAACCCUAUGUUUGCUCACUAGAACAAUGUCAAAAACGAUACAAGAACCUAAAUGGUCUCAAGUACCAUAUGCGACAUACACAUGCCAUUCAAUUAGGUCCUACACCUACUUCUUGUAUAGAUAAAGAUGAAAGAGAGAGUGAAGAAGAAGAGGAAGAAAUACAUGGCAUUAAACGAAAGCUAUCUUGUGGAAGCUUUAAAGUUGUUUAG